CUGCAGCCAUCAAACAGUGUACUGAGGAAGAAAAUGUCCAACCAAACCACCAUGACCGAAUUCCUUCUCCUGGGAUUCUCUGAUGUUCCAGAACUGCAGAUUUUAUGCUUUGUGGUGUUUCUAGUGCUUUACCUGAUAUCCCUACUGGGGAACCUUCUCAUCAUCACAGCCAUAGCCCUUGACCGCCACCUUCACACCCCCAUGUACUUCUUCCUGAUGAAUCUGUCCAUUCUAGACCUUGGCUCCAUUUCUGCCACCAUCCCCAAAUCCAUGGCUAACUCCCUCAUGACCACAAGAUCGAUUUCUUAUUCUGGAUGUGUUGCCCAAGUCUUUUUCGUCGUCUUCUUCACUUCAGCAGAUUUUGCCAUACUGACCAUCAUGGCGUACGACCGAUACAUUGCCAUCUGCCAACCACUGCACUAUGAGACAGUGAUGAACAGAAGAGCUUGUGUCCAAAUGGCAGCCAGUGCCUGGAUCAGUGUUCUUCUCUACUCUGCAGUGCACACUGGAAACACCUUUGCAAAAUCCUUCUGUGGAGGCAACAUGGUGGAUCAGUUCUUCUGUGAAGUCCCGCAGCUACUCAAGCUCGCUUGCUCUGAUUCAGACCUCAGUGAAGUUGGGUUUCUUAUCUUUAGUGUGUGCUUAGCCUCAAGCUGCUUUAUUUUCAUAAUUGUGUCGUAUGUUCAGAUCUUCACCACAGUGCUGAGAAUCCCCUCUGAGCAGGGCAGGCAUAAAGCCUUCUCCACCUGCCUCCCUCACCUCAUUGUGGUCUCCUUGUUUAUUUCCACGGGGACCUUUACCUACUUGAAACCCACCUCCAGCUCUACCUCAGGUCUGGAUCUCGUGAUGGCUGUUCUCUAUUCUGUGUUGCCACCAAUGAUGAAUCCAAUCUUCUACGGCGUGAGGAACAAGGCGCUCAAAGGUGCACUGAAUAAACUGAUAGUUUGGAGGUUAUUCUCUAAGAAUAAAAUGUCCUUAUUUCUCCAUCAGUAA